UGAUCAGUCAUAGGCUGGACUUGAUGAUCUCAAAGGUCUUUUCCAAUCCAAUUGAUCCUGUGCUUCUGUAAUUCUUUUCCUCCAGAGAUGUCUUUGGGACGGAUACUCGACGCGACCAUUCUCUUUUCCCGAAAUGCAGCUUGUUACCUACAGAUGCAUUUACACUGAGAGCUGAACAUCUGACCCUCCAUCAAUACACGUUUCCCUUCAUCCACUCAACUUCCCCUUCCCUUACUCUGUCAUCCUCGAGGAUCUCCACGGCUCGGGCAGAGCAAAUCACCUCCUGCCUUCCACAGAUCUCCUGGCGGCAUCCUGCACAGCCGGUGCCAACUCCAGCCAAGCUUCUGGCGGUGGUGGUUGUGUUAGCGACCUUGUCUCCCACCGCAUAGCUCUUCCUGUAUUGCUGAAAUCCUAAUGAACCGACCCCACGCGAGAAAUUCACUGGGAAAAGUAUUUGUAAAUGAACUGUUCAGUGCCCUGGAUCAGCUCCGCUUUGAUGAGCAGGUGCGGGUGGUGGUGUUCAAGAGCCAGGUGAAAGGAGUGUUUUGUGCAGGAGCAGAUUUAAAGGAACGUGCGAAGAUGGAUGAUGCUGAAGUUGGAGAGUUUGUUAGAAGACUGAGAAAUCUUAUGGAUGAAAUAGCUGCCCUGCCCGUGCCCACGAUCGCUGCAAUCGAUGGCUACGCCUUGGGCGGUGGAUUAGAGCUGGCCCUGGCCUGUGACCUCCGAGUGGCAGCUUCAUCAGCUAAAAUGGGCCUUAUUGAGACCACACGAGGACUUCUGCCUGGAGCAGGUGGAACCCAGCGCCUGCCCAGAUGUGUUGGAGUAGGUCUUGCAAAGGAACUCAUUUUCACUGGCAGACAGAUUGAUGGAGAACAGGCAGCCUCCAUGGGGCUGGUAAAUCACUCAGUGCCACAGAACAGCGAGGGAGAUGCAGCUUACCAGAGAGCUUUAACUUUGGCUAAAGAAAUCCUGCCCCAGGCACCAUUUGCUGUGAAAAUGGGAAAACUGGCAAUAAACAAAGGAAUGGAGGUUGACAUUGCAUCAGGAAUGGCUAUUGAGGGGAUGUGUUAUGCCCAGAAUAUCCCCACCAGAGACCGUCAGGAAGGGAUGGCUGCCUUCAGGGAGAAACGACCACCUCGGUUCACUGGCAAAUAAUGCUUUGUGCUUCCCCUUGAGUUUUUGGAGAUAAAGCAGGACUGAGGAGGAUCCACUGAUUUCUUAGGAUUAUUUUUAUGACACCAUUCUGUGCACUUAACUCCUUCCCUAGGACUGCAUUUCUAACUACUCCACUGGAUCGUUUUUCUGUAUGAAUCUCCAAAUAAAGAUUUAACUUUGUAUACCUGA